AUGGACGGAAUCAGGAGCUACUUGGCGGAGAGGAGAGUCCGUUGGCCCUGGACGGGGAAGGAAGACGCGCCCAAUGAGUCCAGCCCGCUGAUACCAAAGGGAGACGGGGGACCCAACGGAACCGCCGAGCUCCACCAAGCGGGCACGGGCGACGAACGAGAAGGCGGAUUCAAAGAGCUCCGCCCCCGCCGUGGCUCUUCCUUGAUCGACUACUUCCUCAAGUACCUCCUGGUUCUGAGCAACCUGACCUUCUCGGUCCUGGGCCUGCUCCUCCUGGCCUUGGGGCUGUGGGGCCUCAUCAGCAAGGAGUCCUUCGCCCAGGAGAAACUCGGAAGCAUCGGCACCGACCCGAUGUUGCUGCUGGUGACUCUGGGCCUCGUGCUCGCCGCGCUCUGCCUGACGGGCUGCGUGGGCGCCUUGCGGGAAAACUCCUUCCUGCUGAAGCUGUUCUCCGGGAUGCUGCUGGCGCUGAUCGCGGCCCAGGUUUUGGCCGCCGUGCUGGUGUACACGUCGCAAGGAGAGAUCGAAAACGUGCUGCGCUCGGGCAUGUUGGCCGCCAUGGCUCGCUACCGGGACGACCUGGAUCUGAGAUUCAUCGUCGAUGAGAUCCAGUCUAAUCUGCAGUGCUGUGGGGCGGAUUCUUACCGGGAUUGGGAGAUGAACGUAUACUACAACUGCUCUUCUCCAGGAGUUCUGGCCUGCGGGGUUCCGGCCACGUGUUGCGUGGACCCGCUGGACAACAGCACCGUGUGGAACUCUCAGUGCGGCCUGGGCGCCCAAGCGCUGGACCAGUUCAGCGCCCAGAGCGUGAUCUUCCUCGGAGGCUGCCUGGGGAACAUCCGGCGGUGGCUGGAGCAGCGCGAGGGCUCCAUCGGGACCGUGGCGCUGGUCCUGCUGGGAGUCCAGAUCCUGACUCUGGUUGUCACCACGCGACUCCAGCAGAGGAUCCGCGGCCAUAAAGUACACGAGUGA